AUGGCCGACCAACAACUCGUGGAUGGGCCCCCGAAUAAAAGACAAAAAUUGUCAUCGUCGGGUCUGAUAACCCCGGGAGAUGGCGAAUUUUUUGGGAAGCUCUAUGAUUUGGAGACUGAAUUACCAGAUGAUUUACUGGGUGGAUCUGAUGCUGGAGGGAAUAAUAGUCAACCCUCUGCAGCAACCAUUGCUCAACAACAACAUGAGACUACUCAACGUAACCAGCAACUUUCUCAGCUCCUUUCCAGUGACUCACCUACACCUUCAAUACCAAGUAGUCAGACAGCACUUGCAGCACAGAAAGCUGGACAAGUCCCCAAUCCUCGAUCUAGUGCAGCCAUAAAUUCUAACACUAAUUUAAACAAUUCAUUGAAAAGUCCUCUAACAAACAGUCUGUCAUCACCGCCAGGUAUCAGUCAAGGUGGUAAAAAUGCACCUCCUGGACAAAUGAAUGUAGACAGCUCUCUUACGAGUACAGCAUAUAGCUUAUCAAACAAUGUAAAUUUCAGUCUCGCCAAUACAUUAGUUAAUUCAAUGAACUCUAUAAAUUCUACAAAACCAAUGAAUUCACAAGCAAGUAUGAACAAUUCUAUGAACACUUCAGCGGGUAAUGCACACCCAAAUUCAAUGAUGAAUGGGCCGAAUGGACCACAUUUUGGCAAUCCAGGCCAAAGGACUGUAAGCUUACAAGGAAAUCUAAUUGGGAAUCUUGGUGGUACUGGUAUAGGAUCAUCCCCUCACCCAGGAAUGAAUGCUCAAGCAAAUAUGUUAAAGCAAAACGGUCCAUUAGGGGCAGGUGGACCUCUUGGAAUGAAUGGUCAACAAAACAGCCCAUUCAACUUUAACUCACAGUCAGUGUCACAACAGAAUUCUCUCUCUGCAUCAUCUCUGUCUGCCACGUUGAACUCUGUACCAACAAGCAGCCUGGGCUCACAAGUUGCAUUGCCUAACACAACAUUUGUGAACACAUCUUCAGCAUUGGUGAACUCACUUAGCUUGGGAAAUAUGACAACAGCUGAUCUCAACAAGACAACACCUACUUUGAAUAAUCCUGCUACGAAUCCACUUGCUGCUCCAACCCCUGGCAACCACCCUCCAACAGCAGACCCAGAAAAGCGUAAGCUCAUACAGCAACAGCUUGUUCUUCUCUUACAUGCACACAAGUGUCAACGUCGUGAGCAGAGUAAUGGUGAAAUAAGAGCAUGUGGUCUCCCACACUGCCGAACCAUGAAGAAUGUAUUAAACCAUAUGACAACAUGCACGGCUGGCAAGGCUUGUCAAGUGGCCCAUUGUGCAUCAUCAAGACAAAUUAUAUCCCAUUGGAAGAACUGUACGAGGCCAGAUUGUCCUGUAUGUCUGCCACUGAAAAAUGCAAAUGAGGUUCGACGAAACAGUACAUUAGCAGCACAAGCUGCGGGCACUAGCCUUACCCCAGGGGCCUCUGGGGGUUCAAGUUCUGGUCCCUCUCAGAUGGAUCUACAGCGGGCCUACAAUGCCCUGGGCCUGACAUACACCAGAGGUUCCGACUCCUUGCCUCAAGUGAGACCUAGUCUAUCUGCCACAGCAGGUAGUCUCCAAGGGCAACAGUUGCCUGGCAACCCUCAGGCAAACACCAGUCCUGCCCCUGGUUCUGCAGGCCUCAAUGCUAUCCCAACAACAACCCUGCCCACAAGUAUGGCAUCGACAGGGGAGAACAUAGCUCUAACCAACCGGGGGACCAAAGAAUGGCACCAGCAUGUUACGCAGGAUUUAAGGAAUCAUCUGGUGCACAAAUUGGUUCAAGCAAUAUUUCCGGCACCUGACCCCCAAGCAUUAAAGGACAGGAGGAUGAAUAAUCUAGUCGCAUAUGCACGUAAAGUGGAAGGAGAUAUGUAUGAGUGUGCCAACAGUCGCGAAGAGUACUACCAUUACCUAGCUGAAAAAAUCUACAAGAUACAAAAAGAACUUGAAGAAAAGCGUCAAAAGCGAGUUAAGGAGCAAAAUCCUAAUGCUCCUCCUGGAGCUGCUAUUCCACCACCCGCAAGUUUAGCAACCACAUUAGCCCAGUUACGGGGACAAGCCAAUGGGCCCUUAUCUGGUCCCACUCCAAGGUUAGGUGCAAGUUUGCCUGGGGGUACGGAUCCAUUUAAUUCACCUCCAGCCACCCCAAUGCCUCUGAACAAUCUGAGACCAUCAUUGGCAGCAAAUGGUUUAGCACCCAGCACCAAUCAGAACCAAGUAAGAAUGAUGGGUCCACCUCCUCAACCUCAAAGUGUACACCGUGCUUUAGAAGAAUCGCAGCGACAGUUCCAAAAUGCUCUUCAGAAGAGAGAGGCACAGUUGAAUGAUCAGCAACAGCAGCAGCAACAACAACAGCAAACUAGCACUGCUACAACAACAGCCCAACAAACACCUCUUCAGCAGCUCAUCAGUGAUACUGGGCCAGGCACUACAACAGCCAGCAAAGAUUUGGCAACCGCUGUCAAAACAGAAAUCAAAGAGGAAAUCAAGACUGAAGUGAAGACAGAACCAACUGAUAGCAGCUCAUAUCAGCCAGCAGCUGCAGCCAUUAAAACCCCAGAAGUAGCUGACAAAACUAUAAAGGAAGAGAUUAAGACAGAGCCAGGUGCAGAUGCAUCAACAGCAGUUAAGGAGGAACCUAGUGAUAAACCAGAGCCUUCCACUCCAGCAGACUCUAGUACAGAUAGCAAAGAUGUGUUGGUGAAAACUGAGAGCACACCACCACCACCAGUCAAACCUAGGGCAAAGAAAAUUUUUAAUCCGGAUGAAUUACGUCAAACGUUGAUGCCCAUUUUGGAGAAGUUAAACAAGCAAGAUCCAGAAGCUGUGCCAUUCAGGGAGCCUGUAGAUCCCAUUGCUCUAGGAAUACCCGACUACUUUGAUAUUGUGAAAUGUCCUAUGGACAUGGCCACUAUACGCCGUAAACUGGACACAGGACAGUACCAGGACCCUUGGCAGUUCUGUGAUGAUGUAUGGCGCAUGUUUGACAAUGCUUGGGUCUAUAAUAGGAAGACAUCAAGGGUCUAUAAGUACUGCACCAAACUAGCGGAGGUAUUUGAAGGGGAGAUAGAUUCUGUGAUGCAAGGUUUGGGGUACUGUUGUGGGAGGAAACAUGUCUACAACCCACAGGUGUUGUGCUGCUAUGGCAAGCAGUUAUGUACCAUACCCAGAGAUGCCACCUAUUUUAGUUACCAAUCAAGUCUGAGGCAGUUUGGCAAAUUAUCUGACAGAUAUGUCUAUUGUGAAAAGUGUUUCAAUGAACUACCAGGGGAUGCUAUAGAACUAUCAGAGGACCCCACAACUUCCAAUUGUAUACGUAAGGACCAGUUUGUUAAGGAAAAGAACGAUCAGUUAGAUUAUGAACCGUUCAUGGAGUGCCAAGAAUGUGGGAGGAAACUUCACCAGAUAUGUGCCCUUCAUAUGGAUCAGAUCUGGCCUAGCGGAUUUGUGUGUGAAUUGUGCCUAAAAUCCCAAGGAAAGAAACGUAAAGAAAAUAAAUAUGUCUCAAAGAGACUGCCUAACACCAAACUUGGUUCGUAUCUUGAAAACCGUAUCAACUCAUUUCUCAAGAAGAAGGAUGCUGGAGCAGGAGAUGUUACCAUACGAAUUCUUAACAGUUCCGAUAAAAUAGCAGAUAUAAAACCGGGACUUAGAAAUAAGUUUGGGGAAGAACUGCCAGAGAAUUAUCCAUACAAGGCCAAAGCAAUGUUUGCGUUUGAGGAGAUUGAUGGGACGGAUGUUUGUUUCUUCGGCAUGCAUGUCCAAGAAUACGGGUCAGACUCCCCACCACCUAACUCCAGACGUGUGUAUAUAUCAUAUCUAGACAGUGUUCAUUUCUUCCAACCUCGUCAGUUCAGAACUGCUGUAUAUCAUGAAAUCCUCAUAGGCUACCUAGACUAUGUUAAAAACCUGGGGUAUACCAUGGCCCAUAUCUGGGCUUGUCCCCCUAGUGAGGGAGAUGAUUAUAUAUUCCAUUGUCAUCCAGUGGAACAAAAAAUACCAAAACCAAAGCGCUUACAAGACUGGUACAAAAAGAUGCUGGACAAGGCCAUCAUUGAGCGUGUUGUCAUAGAUUAUAAAGAUAUUCUAAAAGAUGCUAUAGAGAACAACAUGCAAAGUGCUGCUGAGCUUCCAUACUUUGAGGGUGACUUCUGGCCCAAUGUCAUUGAAGAGAGCAUCAGGGAGUUGGACCAGGAGGAAGAAGAGAAGAGGAAGAGAGAGGAGGCUGAGGCUGCUGCAGCCGAGGCAGAGGCUGCUAUGGGUUCAGUUGACAAUGAUGAGGGCAGCGAAAAUGGGGAUAUUGUUGGUGCUAAAGGCAAGAAGAAAGGCCAAAAGAGUGGUCGCAAUAAGAAAGCAAACAAGUCAAAGGCCAAUAAGAAAAACAGCAAAAAGUCUAACCUCCCCCAGGGAAGCAAUGACCUUUCUGCAAAGCUCUACUCUACUAUGGAAAAACAUAAAGAGGUGUUUUUUGUGAUUCGGCUUCAUUCUCAACAAGUCGCUCAAAAUCUACCUCAGAUUCAGGAUCCUGAUCCUAACAUAUCUAAUGAUUUAAUGGAUGGACGUGACACUUUCCUCACCUUAGCACGAGAAAAACACUACGAAUUCUCAUCACUCAGGCGGGCAAAAUUCUCCUCAAUGGCAUUGCUGUAUGAAUUGCAUAAUCAAGGACGAGAUAAUUUCGUCUACACCUGUAACAAGUGCAAAGCCAAUGUGGAAACCCGCUAUCAUUGUACAGUAUGUGAGGACUUUGACUUGUGUCUGGAGUGUCACAAGAAUACAGGACAUCCCCACAAGAUGGAAAAACUAGGAUUUGAUCUGGACGAUGAUGAUACCGGUGCCAAUAAUAAGUCAAACCCACAGGAAUCUCGUCGCCAGUCAAUACAGAGAUGUAUUCAGUCUUUGGUUCAUGCCUGUCAGUGUCGCAAUGCUAACUGCCGACUUCCAAGCUGUCAGAAGAUGAAACGUGUUGUGGGCCACACGAAAGGCUGCAAACGCAAAACCAAUGGAGGUUGUCCUAUAUGCAAACAGUUGAUCGCACUUUGUUGUUAUCAUGCUAAACACUGCAAGGAGACAAAGUGUAUGGUGCCAUUCUGUCUGAAUAUAAAACAGAAGAUGCGCCAACAGCAAUUGACCCAAAGUCUCAUGCAGGCCCAGCUAAUGAGGCGUAGAAUGGCCACAAUGAGGAGUUCUAUGUCUGCUACCACAGCCCCUGCUGUGACUGCUCCCCCUCCUGCCGCUGCCUCCCCAGCCAUGAAGGCAGGUCCACCUGUAGCAGGGGGAGGGAAACCGGGUGGAGGGGGGCUGGCUCCCCCUCAGGCAGCUCUCCAAGCAGCCCAACAGGCCCAGAAAGCUGCACAAAUGCAGGUCCAGAAUCUGCCUUACCAGAAACCCCCAGUUACCCAGCCUAUGAUGCCCCCUGCAAAUCCAAACAUCAGGGGCCCUGGGCCUGUUAUGCCCCAACAACGUCCUCAGGUAGCACCCAUGGCUGCCCAACAACAGAACAUGCUUCCCUCAUUAAACAGAUGGGGACAACAGCAACAGCAAGGACAGGGCUUUCCCCAGCAGAACAUGGCUCAGAAUCCCCAACAGCCUAUGAGGCAGAUGACUCCUGGUCUCAACCCACAACCCCAGAAUCCACAACAGAGGGCCACCAACUCCCACCAGGCUCUUCAACAGUUGCUGCAAACGCUCAAAUCCCCUCAUUCACCCCAACAGCAACAACAACUCCUCAGUAUCCUCAAAUCAAACCCUCAACUCAUGUCAGCAUUCAUCAAGCAACGCCAACAACAAAAUCAACAACAGCAGCAACAAGCUCAGCAGCAACAGCAACACCCUCAGCAGCAGCAGCUUGGGCCAGGGGGUAUGCAGCCUCAAGGUCAGAAUCCCCAACAGGUAGCAGGUAUGCCUGGGCCACCUCAACCUGGCAUGCAGCAACCUGGCAAUCAACAGCAGCUAAACACCUGGGCCUAUCAACAGCAGCGCCAGCAACAACAACAGCAGCGCUUGCAGAUGUUACAGCAACAACAGCAAGCUAGGCAACAACAGCAACAAGUGCAAUUUCAACCGCCACAGGCACCUCCAUAUUCUCAAGGCCAGAGGGCACAGAUCAACUUUGGGGCUGCAAACCAGAACUUCCAAGGAGACAGCAAUAUGGUCUCUCAAUAUCAACAACAGCAGCAGCUACUACAGAUGCAAAAUCAUAAGCUACAGCAGCAGAUGUUAGCUGGUAACCAGCCGAUGAGUCCCCAGCAACAGCAACAGAUGCUGGCUCAACAAACGAAUCCCUCACCCCAGCAGAUCAUGCAACAGGUCCGCUCUCCACCAACAGCCAUGCAUCAGAAUGUACGCUCGCCAAAUCCAACCCCAUCACCUCGCCAGGGGCAACCAGUACCAUCCCCUCGGCAAAACCCACAGACAAUCCCCUCCCCUCAUCCCCACACAAUGCCCUCCCCUCAUCAUCAGACACAUUCCCCACACCCUAACCAGGUGGAUACAAGCAUGAGUGGGGAUUCUGUAAUGUUGACCCAGCUCCCAGGGGCCAUGGGCCCUGCCUCCCUCCAAACCACAGGACCGGAUAUGGUCCUCCAUAAUGACAAUGACAAUAAUGUUACACCUCUUACACCACAAGAAACUUUAUCAAGACUGGUUGAUAAUUUGUAGCAUAACCAGUAUCGCUAUAUAUAUAUAGUAACUUAUAAUAUAUUAUAAUGUACAGUAUCAGAGACUUUAUAUAUGAACUAUUUUGACAGUGUUUUCUGCGUAAAAUAAAUACUGUAUAUGAAAAUGCUGAAGAGUAAAACAGUUUGCUAUAUGGUAAAAAAGUUAUUAUAUAGAGAGUUUUAUUACAAUUUAUUUUAUAAUGAUAUGAUGAAUGAGAAUCUGAAGUGUAAUGUAAAUUGACUUGUACAGGUAUACAGAGAUAGUCUAUUAACAAUGACAAAGUUGCAAUGUUUCUCUAUGUGAUGCCAUGGUGCUAUACCAGGUGAAUGUAGUAUAUAAUCACGUAUAGCCUAGUUCAUAGCCUAGUUCAUCUGUUCACAGAUGACCUCAAUACUAGACGAUACUAAGGAUGGUAAAUGUACAGGGGCUGGGUAUUUGUAAAAUAUUGUCACCAGUUACUGGUUGUGUGUUGGAUGUAUAACCACCACAGUGGAACACACUGCACACAUUGUAAUCUGUCAUAUUCUAGCAUUUACAAAUAAAUGUGUGCACAUUUUCCAAUUUUAAAUAUAAAAUAUA